GGCCGGUUCUUCUACCGGAAGUCUGCUCUAGCCCUGGGUCCCCCCACUGCUGCCAGAGCCGGAGUCGCCCAGGAGCCGCGGGACCCGGGCCGCUGGGGUCCGGACGGGGGUCGCCAUGAUCCGCUUCAUCCUCAUCCAGAACCGGGCGGGCAAGACACGCCUGGCCAAGUGGUACAUGCAGUUUGAUGACGAUGAGAAACAGAAGCUGAUCGAGGAGGUGCACGCCGUGGUCACCGUGCGAGACGCCAAGCACACCAACUUUGUGGAGUUCCGGAACUUCAAGAUCAUUUACCGCCGCUACGCCGGCCUCUACUUCUGCAUCUGCGUGGACGUCAACGACAACAACCUGGCCUACCUGGAGGCCAUCCACAACUUCGUGGAGGUCUUAAACGAGUAUUUCCACAACGUCUGUGAGCUGGACCUGGUGUUCAAUUUCUACAAGGUUUACACGGUCGUGGACGAGAUGUUCCUGGCGGGCGAGAUCCGCGAGACCAGCCAGACGAAGGUGCUGAAGCAGUUGCUGAUGCUCCAGUCGCUGGAGUGAGGGCGGCCGGCCCCUCCUGCCCCGGCCCUCCCGGCCCGGCCCCCUGGACUCGCCUGCUCGCUUCCCCUUCCUGGCCUGGCCCCCCCAGCAGCCCCCUCCUUUCCGCUGCCCUGGAGGGAGGGACCUGGGUGGGGCUGGGCCAUAUGGGAGGAGACCACGCCCCACUGCCUCUGGGCCCCAGCUGUGGGCCGAGGCCACCUUGUGUGUGCCGAGUAACCAUGCACUGUCAUGUGAUGACGUGAGUGUGCGUACGUGGAGCCCCCAAUAAACCUGUGGUCCCCGCCUGGC